AAAUACUCUGUACUGCUGUUUUGCGGUUGUGACGCAGAUUCGUCCUGCGGGUUCCUACACAUCAUCCAAUCAGCUGUCUGCUUUCACUUUGCCCGUACACGCCGUUCCCAAGUGAUUGGCGGACACGGGGUUCACUCACUUAUCCUCCAUCCGCCGCUAUUAACAUACAAACUAUGAUAACCCCUGACUGGCCACGCCCAUUAUUUAUUCGUUCCCUAGCAACCAUUCAUGACGGCAGCUAUCCACGGCCCGGGAGCUCCUGACGUCACGGGCGCGCACUGAUCCCUCCACGUCCUGUCAAGUUAAUGAACAAAAUAGUCCCGAGGAUUUCCCGUUCACGGCGGCGCUCUCCGCGGACGGUAGACACGGCGGUGAGGUUGAACUCCCUGCCGGUGCUCCGGUGAUCUCCGUCACAGCGGCUGGUCGCGGAGGAGGUAAUGUACUCGGUGCAGCGGUGCUGGCGGAAGGACCGUGAUCGGUGAGGCGUCCUCGUACUAUAUAAGCGCGCUGCGCCGUGAGUGUGACGUCUGUCAGCGGAGUGUCGCUGCAGUUGCCUGAGGUUAGACGUGCGCUCAGCGGAUUCCCGUUCUGUGAUAUAAACCAACCAACCAUGGCCAGCAAAGAAGGUGACUCCUCCCGCGCCCGCAGCGUCCUGACCUGGGAGCAGGUGGAUCGCCUGAACAGCUUCCUGACGGAGGUGGUGCCCAUCCACGGGCGCGGGAACUUCCCCACCCUGAAGAUCACCCUGAAGGACAUCGUUCAGAUGGUGCGCAGCCGCCUGGAAGACGCCGGCAUCAAGGUGCGGGAUGUGCGGCUGAACGGCUCGGCGGCCAGCCACGUCCUGGUGAAGGACAACGGGCUGGGCUACAAGGACCUGGACCUGAUCUUCGGGGUCACCAUCUCCUCCGAGUCGGACUUCCAGCUGGUCAAAGACGUGGUCAUCGGCCUCCUCCUCAACUUCCUCCCCGAGGGCGUCAACAAGGAGAAGAUCAGCCCGGUGACCCUGAAGGAGGCGUACGUGCAGAAGCUGGUGAAGGUGUUCACCGACGCCGACCGCUGGAGCCUCAUCUCGCUCUCCAACAAGGACGGCCGCAACAUCGAGCUGAAGUUCGUCCACUCCAUCCGCCGCCAGUUCGAGUUCAGCGUGGACUCCUUCCAGAUCGUGCUGGACUCCCUGCUCUUCUACUACGACUGCGCGGAGAACCCGAUGUCCGAGCACUUCCACCCCACCGUCAUCGGGGAGAGCAUGUUCGGGGACUUCGAGGCCGCCCUGGGCCACCUGCGCAACAAGCAGAUCGACACCAAGAACCCGGAGGAGAUCCGCGGGGGCGGGCUCAUGAAGUACAGCAACCUGCUGGUGCGCGACUUCAAGCCGGCCGACAAGGAGCAGAUCAAGUCCCUGGAGCGCUACAUGUGCUCGCGCUUCUUCAUCGACUUCUCCGACAUCUUCGAGCAGCAGCGCAAGCUGGAGUCGUACCUGCGCAACCACUUCAUCGGGGAGGAGAAGAGCAAGUACGACUACCUGAUGAUCCUGCGGCGGGUGGUGAACGAGAGCACGGUGUGCCUAAUGGGCCACGAGCGCCGACAGACUCUCAACCUCAUCUCCCUGCUGGCCCUAAGGGUGUUGGCCGAGCAGAACAUUAUACCAAACGCCACCAACGUCACCUGCUACUACCAGCCGGCCCCCUAUGUCAGCGACGCCAACUUCAGCAACUACUAUAUCGCCAACACCGCCGUCUCCUACAGCCAGUCCUACCCAACAUGGCUGCCGUGUAGUUAGGAGAACCCUGCCGGGACCCUCUACUGUCUGGACACUAGACUUGACUAUUGAGCCUCCAUUAUUGGAAUGCAACCAAGAGCCCACUCCACUGCAAAAAAUGUGCCGCCCCCCCCCCUACCCCAAAAAAAACCAUAGAGGUCAAUCCAUGAACCUCUUCCCAUCUGUUACCGCCGAUACUGUGAUCAUGUGACUAUGAGCUGUGAUUCUCCGAUCUGCGGCCUCCAUUGUGCCCCACCCCUCCCCAACCGUCAUGGAGGCUGCCGAACUUUUAAACCUACCAGUGUUUUGUUGCUUGGACGAGCCCAUUGCCUUUGUAAGGGGGGGCGGCUCGAUGGAUCUCUUCCCCCCCCCCCCCCCCCCCCCCCGUUUGAGCCUUGUCUGGGAGAUGAAGAAAAGAAGAGAAUAAAAAAAUGAAGGAUAAAAAGUAAAAAAAAGAAAAAAAUUACCAAAAAAGUUUGAAAUAUUUUUGUUUUAUUUAUUAUAAAAGAACAUAAAACAACCAAAAAAAGUACAAAAAAAAAUGUAGUUGUUGUUGGGUGCGGGUUAUGGUUUGUCUCCACGUGAAGUGCUAUUUAUGUUGUAGCUUGUGCCUUAUCAGGCCGCGCAGCUGCUGCCGCCACCGCCGCUCCGUGGUUUGUCCCCUGGGUGCAGGCAGGUAGACUUUUUUUCUUUUGUUUUUGGAUUUUGAGAACUGCAGUUAUUAUGAUUUCGGGGGGUUUUUUUUUUUGGAUUUUUUUCCCCCCCCCCCCCCCCCCCUUCCCUUGUGUUCACUGCAGCAUCGGACUAUAUAGAAAAAAGCAGCGUAAGCGUCAAGGAGGGGGGUGAUGGCGGAUUUAUAUGGGGAGGGGGGUCACGGUCUUCGGUUUUUGUUCCACCUGUGGUUACUUCUGUUCUGGUACGGAUCUGGUGAUGUCUCUAGUCACAGCGAGAGCUGCAACUGCCUUAUACACGUCUUAUGGUGUCUGUACUCCUGCAUUGUGGGAAAUGUGUCGCAGCUAGAACUGUGUGUGAGCUCUGCAGACUAAGAACUACAACUCUCAUCAUGCCCCGACGGCGUUCUGUAUCAUCU